AUGCGAAUAAGUACGAAGUCCAGCGUAAUCUGUACCAGCUCCCGAGCUCUUUCCACCAUGAGCGUUGUGACCGUCGCCGGCGGUCUAGGUGAUGUUGGGCGCACCAUAGUCGAAGAGACUUUACGAGGCAUGAAGCAUAAGGUCUACAUAUUAACCAGAAAACCGAACGCAAACGCAGCUCCAAAAGAAUAUCCGUCACAUCUACCUCGCCCUGUCGAGAUAGAUUAUUCUUCAGUCGACGAAAUAGCCCAGUGUCUGCGCAGACUUAAAGUCGACACCGUCAUAUCGACGCUGAAUCUACACUGGGCAGGGGCUUCAGACUCGCAGAUCAACUUGAUUCGAGGCGCCGCGGCAUCAGGGGGGGUGACGAGGUCCAUGCCGUACGGUCCUCGCGAGGAAUUCCUCCGUGCCGGAAAAGAGCUAAAGGCCCACCACAACUUGACAUUUGCUCUUGUGAGGUGCGGAUUCUUUAUGGACUACUUAGGUCUCCCCUAUGCUGAUACGAAUCUCCAUCCGCUUUACUGUUUGCCCGACCUUCCAGCCUCCAAAGCGGUCAUUCCGGGAGAGGGGAACGGCCAUGUCGUUUUCACACAUACGCGAGAUGUCGGCAAGUUUGUCACAGAGUUACUUGGUCUCGAGGUUGAGAAGUGGCCAAGAGAGGCGACGAUUUCAGGAGAGAGAAUUACUUCGAAUGACCUCGUCCAACUGGCAGAGGAUGUUACAGGAAAACAGUUCGAUAAAGUACUUCGAAAGUUUGGAGAGCUUGAGAUCUAA